CCCGGAAUGGGGCCGGCGCUGCUCGGGGUCGCGCGCCCUGGACCCGGCUCGCGCUCGGUCUCGCGCUGUCAGCCGCUGCCUGGCUCGCGCCGCCUUGCGCUUUCCCUCAGUCAGUGGCGCCGAAGGCUCCGUUAAGCGGCGGCCGCGGUUCCUGUUUCCGUUUCUUCCUCUCCCUUCGGUCUCGGGAGUAGCAUCCUCCACCCCGCCACCCCUCCCACUCUCCCGGCGCGGCCAGCUGCAGCUUGAAGGCAGUGUGGCUGUGGCGACGGGGGACGGCGCCGACCGCCUCGCUCCCGCCUCGGCUGCCGAGCUCUGGGUCUACAGUUUUCCACAGACUGAAUUUUGCCGAUUAUAUAUGAUAAUAUAAUUCAACAUGCAUCUCUGUUGUCUGUAUGCUCUGAAGAUUUCCAGCUGAAUCCAGAUUUGAUUAGAAUUGAUGUGAUCUGUUUGUAAAACCUGAGGAGGCAUGUGAUGUUGGAUGACUUUCUGAUGUUGCUGUUCUGGCUUAGGCUGUCUAUGACCCUCGUGGUGUUUUCAUUCAAGAUUAAAUCCUUUUCAUCUUUAUUGAUUAACUGAGCAAAUUCAGCAUGUAGAGCCACGAAGCACAGGACAGGGAAGCUUCCUCCUUGCAUCACCAGGAAGAUCCUUUUGUAAGAGGCACCACAGGAUACCAGAGAGACUGAUUUGUCUAAAGCAUCAUGUGUUGAAACAACAGAAAACCUAUGUUCCUGUGUGGCUAACUAGGACCAGAGUACAAUGUUUCCAAUUCUUUGAGCUCCAGGAAGACAGAGAACGGAGUUGAAACUCUGAAAAUGCGGCCAUGGACUGGUUCCUGGCGUUGGAUUAUGCUCAUUCUUUUUGCCUGGGGGACCUUGUUGUUUUAUAUAGGUGGUCAUUUGGUUCGAGAUAAUGAUCACCCUGAUCACUCUAGCAGAGAACUCUCCAAGAUUCUUGCAAAGCUGGAACGCUUAAAACAACAAAAUGAAGACUUGAGGAGGAUGGCUGAGUCUCUCCGAAUACCGGAAGGCCCUAUUGAUCAGGGGACAGCUACAGGAAGAGUCCGUGUUUUAGAAGAACAGCUUAUUAAGGCCAAAGAACAGAUUGAAAAUUACAAGAAACAAGCCAGAAAUGGUCUAGGGAAGGAUCAUGAAAUCUUAAGAAGGAGGAUUGAAAAUGGAGCUAAAGAGCUCUGGUUUUUUCUACAAAGUGAAUUGAAGAAAUUAAAGAAUUUAGAAGGAAAUGAACUCCAAAGACAUGCAGAUGAAAUUCUUUUGGAUUUAGGACAUCAUGAAAGGUCUAUCAUGACAGAUCUAUACUACCUCAGUCAAACAGAUGGAGCAGGUGAUUGGCGGGAAAAAGAGGCCAAAGAUCUGACAGAGCUUGUCCAGCGGAGAAUAACGUAUCUCCAGAAUCCCAAGGACUGCAGCAAAGCCAGGAAGCUGGUGUGUAACAUCAACAAAGGCUGUGGCUAUGGCUGUCAACUUCAUCAUGUGGUUUACUGCUUCAUGAUUGCGUAUGGCACCCAGCGAACACUCAUCUUGGAAUCUCAGAAUUGGCGCUAUGCCACUGGGGGAUGGGAGACUGUAUUUAGACCUGUAAGUGAGACAUGCACAGACAGGUCUGGCCUCUCCACUGGACACUGGUCAGGUGAAGUGAAGGACAAAAAUGUUCAAGUGGUCGAGCUCCCCAUUGUAGACAGCCUUCAUCCUCGUCCUCCUUACUUACCCCUGGCUGUACCAGAAGACCUUGCAGAUCGACUCCUAAGAGUCCAUGGUGAUCCUGCAGUGUGGUGGGUGUCCCAGUUUGUCAAAUACUUGAUCCGUCCACAACCUUGGCUCGAAAAGGAAAUAGAAGAAGCCACCAAGAAGCUUGGCUUCAAACAUCCAGUUAUUGGAGUCCAUGUCAGACGCACUGACAAAGUGGGAACAGAAGCAGCCUUCCAUCCUAUUGAGGAGUACAUGGUGCACGUUGAAGAACACUUUCAGCUUCUCUCGCGCAGAAUGCAAGUGGAUAAAAAAAGAGUCUAUCUGGCCACUGAUGACCCUUCUUUGUUAAAGGAGGCAAAGACAAAGUACUCCAAUUACGAAUUUAUUAGUGAUAACUCUAUUUCCUGGUCAGCUGGACUACACAACCGAUACACAGAAAAUUCACUUCGGGGUGUGAUCCUGGAUAUACACUUUCUCUCCCAGGCUGACUUCCUAGUGUGUACUUUUUCAUCCCAGGUCUGUCGGGUUGCCUAUGAAAUCAUGCAAACACUACAUCCUGAUGCCUCUGCAAACUUCCAUUCCUUAGAUGACAUCUACUACUUUGGAGGCCAAAAUGCCCACAACCAGAUUGCAGUUUAUCCUCACCAACCUCGAACUGAAGAGGAAAUCCCCAUGGAACCUGGAGAUAUCAUUGGUGUGGCUGGAAACCACUGGGAUGGUUAUUCUAAAGGUGUUAACAGAAAACUGGGAAAAACAGGCCUGUACCCUUCCUACAAAGUCCGAGAGAAGAUAGAAACAGUCAAGUACCCCACAUAUCCUGAAGCUGAACAAUAGAGAUGAUGUGUAAGAGAUUAACCACAGGGCUCAGUUCAGACCGUCUCAGCCAAGCAGAAGAAGACCCAGACUAACACGUGGUUCAUUGCCAGACAUGCUCCGCACCAAGAGCAAGUGGGAGCCACCCUCCGAUGCUGCGCUGGUGGGAUGCCUCUUUACGAAGGGCUGCUGCGCCCUCAAGCCCAGGCCCAGUACAAUAAUGCACUCACACACAACACACAAACGGACUGUUUUCUACUUUGCCCCUUAAAUAUUAUGUCCCCAUGAAACAAACACUGCCACGUUGUGUAAUUUAAGUGACACAGACAUUUUGUGUGAGACUUCAAACAUGGUGCCUAUAUCUGAGAGACCUCUGUGACUUACUGAGAAGAUGUGAACAGCUCCCUUCUGUGGGGAAGUUGGUUCUUAGCCAGUGGUGGUGGUGUGGCCACUGAAUUCACUCCAGUCAACAGAUCAGAACGAGAAUGGAUGUUUUUCCUUUAUAUGGUUGUCUGGAUUUUUUUUUUUAAGUAAUUUCAUCACUUCGGUUCAUUCACCUCAUCAUUAAUAAAUGAAGGAAUACACCAAUAAAAUAAAAUGAAAUAUUCACUGUCCAUUAGGAAGUUUUGUAAAACAAUACCAUGAACAAAAAUUCUUUAGUACUCAAUGUUUCUGGACAUUCUCUUUGAUAACAAAAAUAAAUUUUAAAAAGGAA